GCACCGUCGUUUUCUCCCUACAUUUGUUUAUUACAUUACUGAUUUCUUACGAGAAUAAUAUCAAUUAUGUAUAGUAAUAAUAAUCUAAAAAAUAUAAUAUAUAAAGUAAUAAUAUAAUGGAGAGACGGGAGUGGGCAGUAUAUAAAGCCGUGGGUGGUGGUGGUGUUGGAUUGGAGCGAAUGAGUGUCGGCUCUUGGGUUCUCUGCAUUCCUCCCUCCUAAAAACAAAACCACCAAUCAAACAAAAGAACCCAAGCUGCUUCUGAUCUCCUCCGAGAGAGGAAACCAUAGAAAGGCCCGGCUUUUCCUUUCUAUUGUGCCCUCCUCUCCUCCGCUGGCUGCUCAAUGCCACCAAGCUAGCUGAGCAAUCUUAAGAAGAUAGAGCUCCCUCCCUCCAGCUGCUGCAACUCUGAACUGGGUUUCUCCUUUUGCCUUGCCAUUCUCCUUCCCCUGUCUCAAGAUUCCUUCUUUUUCUUUCAGUCCAGGGUAACUCGAAUUGCUUCCUUUUGCUCUACUACCUUUUCUCCCUGCAUUGCUUUUAUCUCUAUGGAAAAGUUUUGUUCCUCUUUUCAGUUUGCUUUGGGUGGAAGAAUUUUUGUGUGUGUGUGUUUUUUUUUUUUGGGAUGGGGACUGUUCAUUGAGCGGUGAGCAAUACCAGAAAGAAACAGAUAGGUUUGGAGGGAAAAAAGUGGGGAACUUUUUGGGGAUGUUUGGCAAUGGGAAUGUGAUUACAUUUGUCCAAAAAAAAACCCAUCAUGUGAUUUGGCCUGCUCAUUGGGUAUCUAAUCUCCAAAGCUGCUUUGCCUAAACAAUAUAAUCAUGGAUCUAUAAACACUUGGCUGACUACCUGUAUUUAUUUUAUUUUAUAUUUCCUGGGUGGGUUCUCUGUGGUUGCUACAAUUGAUUUCUCUUUUUUGGGUUCCUGCUCUCUCGUAUUCUCUAGUUUUUAAUGAUUGUUUCCCAGCUUAGCAUCGGUGAAAGCACAUUUAUGUUGUCAGUGGACUAUGUUUCUCCUUUGAUAACCGACGGCCUGUAUGCUCCAAUUACAUAUGUCACCAGUGGCGUGUCCAAAGGAGCUGUUUGCUUGGAUGGAAGCCCACCAGCAUACAAUUUCGAUAAAGGGUAUGGAACGGGGAUUAAUAAUUGGUUAGUUCAACUUGAGGGAGGAGGAUGGUGCAACAAUGUCACUUCGUGCCUUGCUCGUAAGAAUACGCGUCUUGGUUCGUCUAAGCAAAUGGGCAACCAGCUUGCUUUCUCAGGAAUCAUGAGCAAUAGGCGUGAAUUUAAUCCAGAUUUCUACAACUGGAACAGAGUUAAGAUUAGAUACUGUGAUGGGUCUUCUUUCACUGGCGAUGUAGAAGCAGUGGAUCCUGCUACUAAUCUUCACUUCAGAGGAGCAAGGGUUUGGCUUGCUGUUAUAGAAGAACUCCUUGCCAAAGGGAUGAGAAAUGCUGAAAAUGCUCUUCUGUCGGGCUGCUCAGCUGGCGGAUUGGCCACCAUUAUGCACUGUGACAGCUUCAGAGCUCUGCUGCCUAUGGGUACUAAAGUAAAAUGCCUUUCAGAUGCUGGUUAUUUUAUCAAUGUGAAGGAUAUUGCAGGAGCGGCUCACAUUCAAGCCUAUUUCAGCCAAGUAGUUUCAUUACAUUGUUUCUUCCCUCAGAAUGUAAUACAGCAAGUGCGAACGCCAGUUUUUCUUCUGAAUGCUGCAUAUGAUUAUUGGCAGAUAAGAAACAUCUUGGCACCGGCUGAUGCUGAUCCAAGUGGCUCCUGGAAUGCCUGCAAGCUUGACAUCAGCAACUGCUCACCUCUUCAGAUCAAAACAAUGCAAGCAUUCAGGAUGCAGUUCUUGAAGACAUUAAUGUCCAAAUCAGGCAAUUCUACAGCUAGGGGCCUAUACAUAGACUCCUGCUACGCACAUUGCCAAACAGAGUUUCAGGAAACCUGGUACAUGGCUGAUUCACCUGUUCUCGGCAGAACGAAAAUAGCAACUGCAGUUGGAGAAUGGUUUUUUGACAGGAGCCCAUUCGCGAAGAUCGAUUGCCCUUACCCUUGCAAUCCAACUUGCCACAAUACUGCUAGCGGCGGCGGCGGCGGAACAAAAGGGAUCCGCCGCCACAGUUGCAGCAGCAGCAGCCGCAGCGAGAUUGCCUUUGUUGUUGGCAUUGAUCUCCAUUUGGGCAAUCAUGAACCUGCUGUGAUGCUGCGAGGGUCUCCUGAUUGUUCAGCAGCCGAGGUUCUCUGUUGCUUCGUUACGAUGGAAGAAUCUGCAAAGUGUAGAGAUUGUUAUUCCGCAAGAUCAGAUGGAGAACAGCAGUGCAAUUACAGGGUUUUUAGUUUUGUUUUUGCAAACAGGAAGCUUUUACACGACAGGGAGGAAGGGAGGCACAUCAUUUACAGUUUUACAGUACAUCCAGCUGAAGUAUAGAUGCAUGUAUACUACACAGUCACAGAUCCAUAUAGGCAUAGGAAGGACCGCGUACACAGGUAGUAUUUGUUCUGUUUUGGACAGAUGUACCCACCGACAUUGGUGGACUUUUGUUUUGUGCAUUGAUUAGUCGGUCCCAUACUACUGAUUAUAAAACUUUGGGGGACCAAAGUAGUAUGCAUUAAUGCAUGCAUUUAUCCUUAAUCUAUCAUCAUUUUACCA